AUGGGUGACUAUACACCAGAUUUGGCAGCUGCUACGGCGCCUACUCCGACUGAGAAGCGAGUUGAUGAGACAGGCGUCACGGCUUCCAGUGGAGUCCUUUAUCAUCAGCUGCGCAAGGAGCCCUUGAACAUCGUUGGUGGUCGAGGAAGCUACCUGCUCACCGACAAUGGGCAGGAGAUCCUGGAUGCAACAAGCGGUGCAGCUGUCUCUUGUUUGGGCCACAGUGAUGAACGCGUCCAUGAGGCCAUUCUGGAGCAGCUGAAGAAGAUCCCUUACUGCUACUCCUUGUACUUUACCAACAGUGCUGCGGAAAAGUUGUCUAAACUUUUGGUUGAAUCUACUGGUGGGCAGAUGUCCCGCGCUUUCAUUGUGAGCUCAGGUACUGAGGCUGUCGAGGCUGCGGUGAAGAUGUCCAUUCAGUAUUUCACGGAGUUGCCUGUUCCCCAGCCCCAGCGUGUGAACAUCAUCUCUCGAAAGUCAUCCUACCACGGAAACACCCUAGGCUCGCUUGCUGUCGGACACCACGCCGCCCGACGAAAGAUUUAUGAAGGUAUUCUUUCGAAGAAUAUGCACCAUGUGGCUCAAUGUUAUCCGUACAGAGGAAUGAAGGAUAAUGAAACUAACGAGGAGUACGUCGCGAGACUUGCACAAGAAUUGGAGGACGAGUUCCAGAGACUGGGCCCCGAUACUGUCUGUGCUUUCUUCGCUGAAACUAUGACUGGCGCUACACUUGGAUGUGUUCCACCGCUGCCAGGCUACCUCAAGGCUAUGAAAGCAGUCUGCGAGCGACACGGAGCCCUCUUCGUGUUGGAUGAGGUAAUGUCUGGCAUGGGUCGCACAGGCACUCUCCAUGCCUGGGAGCAGGAAGACGUCGUGCCCGAUCUUCAGACAAUCGCCAAGGGGCUUGGCGCCGGUUACGCUCCGAUCGCUGGGCUGCUCGUUAACAAGCAUGUAGUCGAAACUUUGAGCAAGGGAACGGGGUCUUUUGUACACAGUCAGACUUACCAAGGGCACCCAAUUGCUUGUGCAGCAGCAUACAGAGUGCAACAGAUUGUUCAGGGGGAUAAGCUGAUGGAGAAUGUGCGGGCUAUGGGAGAAUACCUUUCUCAGCGUCUUCACGAGCGAUUGGACAGUCACCCUCAUGUCGGUGAUAUCCGUGGCAGAGGUUUAUUCUGGGCGAUGGAAUUUGUCCAGGAUAAAGAGACGAAAGAGCCAUAUCCCCCUUCAAAGGCGCUCUCUUGGACUCUGCACACGACAGGACUUAAGCCUGAAUAUUCAAUCUCGUUGAUGCCUGGCAGUGGUGGUAUUGAUGGUGUCAAUGGCGACCAUAUCGUUUUGGCACCUCCUUACAAUACGACUCGUGAGGAGAUCGACUUGAUCGUUGACCGAACUGUUGGUGUCAUCAAGGAAGUUCUGGGUUAG